CGCUAACUAACCGGAGGUGCGUUUUUUGUUUUCACCCGUGAGGACUUGUUUUUUUUUCCCACUCUCCGGUUUGGUGGACUGUAACUUUCCUAUCUUUGCUGUUCAGCUCGCUUCACAAUGAGCACGAGUGUGACUUCGGAGAGCGUCUUUCUCUCGGCGCUGCAGCCCAACUCUACCGUCAGCACGUACGCGGUCCCGUCCGAGAACGAGCUCGGGUCGCACAAGGAGGAAUCCAGAUUUAAGCGCAUGCAACAGCAGGUGUCCAUGAGACUAGCGGAGAAAUCCACGCUCCCGCGCCAGAACGGCUCUUCGUCACAAUACGCGUCCUCAGAGUCUGGUAAUUAUUCAACAAUGACAAAAUAUUCAACAGUGGGACAAAACUUUAUCCCGAGUUUCAGCUCGAAAUCUUUUGUCAACUCGUCUGGCCGACAAAUAGUGGCCCAGCGUCCAUCCCAGUACUUGAGCGGUGGUUUCUCUUCCCGCUCUGCCGUUGAGUUCACCCCAAGAGCCAAAAUGAGUUACACAGCAGGAGGAGGUGGUGGUGGCGGUAGCUCAUAUUACCAAGAAGAUUUUGCUAGCGGUGACUAUGGUGGUGGCGGGUAUCAGAGUGGCGGUUAUCAAAUUAGUGGCGGCCAAGUUCAACAGCAGCAGGUCAACAAAGUGACCCGUUCCCUGAGCCGAAUGGGGGGUGACCCAGAGACCUUAUCCAUGCACUCCAUGCGCGUGUCAGCCAUACCACAGCAGGUUGUUUCUUCUUGGGUGGCUCAGGAAGACAGCGAUGGCAGCAUGGUUUCAGAACGCGACGCUACUUAUACACAGCGGAGCAUGAGCAAUGGCUACGCCGCCAACACUUACCCACGCCAGUCCAUGUACUCCAACUCAAAUAUGAAUGGAUUUGAAAGUGCGCAGCAGCAGGUCAGCUCCAUGACUCUGCCGACCAUGAAACGCUCCCUCAGUGGGACGCUUGCUACAAGCAGUGGAGGAGGAGGAGGAGGUGCUGUGGAGCAGGAGGUGUAUGUGAGCCGACAGUCCUUCAAAGGCCCAGCUCACCGCACCAUCAGCCGCAUUAACAAUCGGCAAACCCUUCGGACGUCCAGUGUGCAGUCUGGCAUGUUCGGAAGUGGCGGGGGAUUCAGCGGCUCCCAGGGGAACCUGUACAUGAUGCAGCAGGGGAGGCUAUCGCGUGCUGGCUCCGUCAGGAGCAUCCAUAGUGUUGGGAGAGGCAAGGACGUGUUCGAUGGCAUGGACAUGGCUGGCAGCAUGGGCAAUCUGAGUGGACUCAACAGUUUGGACAUGCCUACUGCCAUCAACUAUCUUGACCAGUCCGAUCAGGAACUUCAGAUGUUGGGCGCCGCCUACGUUCAGCAUGAGUGUUACAGUAACAAAGAUGCCAAAAAACAGGUGAACCAGUUAAAGGGAAUUCCUCGACUGGUGCAGCUUUUCAACAGUGACAACCAAGAGGUGCAGCGCUUUGCAACCGGUGCCACAAGAAACCUCAUCUACGAGAAUAUGGAGAACAAAGUGGCUCUUAUUGAAGCUGGCGGAAUUCCCAAACUCAUACAGGCACUGAAAGUAGAAGAUGAUGAGUUACACAAAAACAUUACAGGUAUCCUCUGGAAUUUGUCCUCUAAGGAUAAUCUGAAAGAAAGGCUGGCACGAGAAAUUCUUCCUGAAUUGACAGACAGGAUUUUGAUUCCCCUCUCCGGAACCGGAGACCAGGACAUCAUUGAGCUGAACCCCUCAGAGUCUGACAUCUUCUUCAACACCACUGGCUGUCUCAGGAACAUGAGCUCUGUAAAUGAGAAGACCAGACAACUGAUGAGAGAAACCAAAGGCCUCAUAGACGCUCUGGUCGGCUACAUUAAGAAAUGUGUGGUGGACAGUAAAGUGGAAGAGAAGGGUGUGGAGAACUGUGUGUGUGUGUUAAGGAAUCUGUCCUAUCAGGUGUACAACGAGAUCCCCCCCUCUAUAGCCUCACGUCUAGAUGGU